AUGGAGGGAGAGAGGAAGUACAUUACGUGUGAGGAGCUGAAGGAGCACAACAAGCCAGGGAACUUGUGGAUCUCUAUCCAGGGUAAGGUUUACAAUGUCUCUGAUUGGGCCAAGGAGCACCCUGGUGGGGAUACAAUUCUCUUCAAUUUGGCUGGCCAAGAUGUCACUGAUGCAUUCAUAGCAUACCAUCCUGGCACUGCAUGGCAGUACCUGGACAAAUUAUUCACUGGAUUUUAUCUAAAAGAUUUCAAGGUCUCUGAGGUGUCCAAGGACUAUAGGAGGAUGGCCUCUGAGUUUUCCAGACUGGGUUUGUUUGAAAAGAAAGGGCAUGGUGCUAUGUACUCUAUUCUGAUCAUUACAACCCUGCUUCACCUUGUUGUGUAUGGUGUGUUGAAAUCUGAGAGUAUUUUGGUCCAUUUGGUUUGUGGUAUGAUGUUGGGAGCGCUCUGGAUUGAGGGUGCUUAUAUUGGUCAUGAUGCUGGCCAUUACCAGAUCAUGUCAAGCAGAAAGUGCAACGACAUUGCUCAGAUUCUGGCUGGGAAUUGCCUUACUGGGAUCAGCAUUGCUUGGUGGAAAUGGACUCACAAUGCUCACCACAUUGCCUGCAACAGCCUUGAUUAUGAUCCUGAUCUCCAGCACAUUCCAGUCUUUGCAGUGUCCACAAAAUUCUUUAAUUCAAUCACAUCAAUCUUUUAUGGUAGGGAGUUGAAGUUUGAUCCUGUGGCUAGAUUUUUAAUCAGCUACCAGCAUUUUACAUAUUACCCAGUCAUGGUGGUUGGAAGGGUUAACUUGUUCAUACAAACAUUCUUGUUAUUGUUCUCAAGGGGUAAUGUCCCAAACAGAGCUUUGAACAUAAUGGGGAUCCUUGUUUUCUGGACUUGGUUUCCUCUUCUUGUUUCAUGCCUGCCCACUUGGAGUGAGAGGGUGAUGUUUGUGGUGGCCAGCUUUACAGUGACAGCACUUCAGCACAUCCAAUUCACCUUGAACCAUUUCUCAGGAGAUACAUAUCUUGGACCACCCACAUCAAAUGAUUGGUUUGAGAAGCAAGCAGCGGGGACUUUGGAUAUUUCUUGCUCAACUUGGAUGGAUUGGUUCUUUGGUGGCCUGCAAUUUCAGCUUGAGCACCAUUUGUUUCCCAGGUUGCCUCGUUGCCAGCUGAGGACGAUUUCUCCUACUGUUAAAGAACUAUGCAAGAAGCACAAUUUGCCUUACAGGAGCUUGUCCUUCUGGGAGGCCAAUAUGUCCACCAUUAGGACUCUAAGGACUGCUGCCCUGCAGGCCAGGGACCUGUCCAAUCCUGUCCCAAAGAACUUAGUCUGGGAAGCUCUGAAUACCCAUGGCUGA